AUGAAGUUUCUGCUUCUUGCCGCCCUCUUUUCCAGAGUCCUCGCCGUGCCCACUGGCGGCGGCGGCGGCGAUGGCGAUGGCGGUAGUGGUCCGCUAUGCACUGUUGGUGGCCUUUUCACCGUUGCUCAGUGCUGCGCGACUGAUGUCCUCGGCUUGGUGGACCUCGACUGCCAAACGCCAUCCAAGGUUCCUCGCGGCCCAUCCGACUUCAGGGAUAUUUGCGCCGACAAGGGCCAGCGAUCUCGCUGCUGCGUCCUUCCUGUUGCUGGCCAAGCUGUCCUCUGCACCGCACCGCUUGGGAGCUAA